CUUGCACGCUGCGGUCCUUCCCCCCUCCCGCACACGUGGGCAAGAUGGCAGCCUACAGGCGCUGCGGUGCUGGGAUCUCUCGGCUGUGCUCUCAUUCGGGAGCCUUGUUAGCUCGCUCUCCCAGUAUGAGACACUUCCUCGGUCUGGGAUCGAGGGUGGCCUGGGCACAGGCGCGACGCUGCCAUCAGAGUGCCUGGAGUCCGGGGACAGUGAGGAGAGUCGCAGUGGACGCGGGCGAACGAAAGCUGGAGAUUUCCACAGGGAAGCUGGCCAGGUUUGCUGAUGGCUGUGCUGUAGUACAGCUCGGGGACACGUCGGUGAUGGUGACCGCUGUCAGCAAGACGAAGCCCACCUCCUCUCAGUUCAUGCCCCUGGUGGUGGACUACCGGCACAAGGCCGCCGCGGCCGGACGCAUCCCCACGAACUACCUCCGGAGGGAGCUGGGGAGCACGGACGCCGAGAUCCUGGCCAGCAGGCUGAUCGAUCGCUCCAUCAGGCCUCUCUUCCCUGCUGGCUAUUUCUACGACACACAGGUGCUGUGUAACCUGCUGGCAGUGGACGGCGUGAACGAUCCAGAUGUGCUGGCCAUCAACGGAGCCUCUGCAGCCCUCGCGCUGUCGGACAUCCCCUGGAACGGGCCCAUCGGGGCCGUGCGCGUAGGGCUGGUGGACGGCCAGUUCCUGGUCAACCCGACUCGGAAAGAGAUGGCAUCCAGCACCCUGAACCUGGUGGUGGCAGGAGGCCCUCAUAGUCAAGUGGUCAUGAUGGAGGCCUCAGCCGAGAACGUGCUGCAGCAGGACUUCUGUCAUGCCGUCAAGCUGGGUGUGAAGCACGCGCAGCAGAUCAUCCUGGCCAUCCAGCAGCUGGCCAGGGAGCAGAAGGUGACCAAGCGGACGCCGCAGAAGCUCUUCGUCGCCGUGCCCGAGAUGGUGGAGCAGACGCGGCAGCUGGCUGCAGACAAACUCUAUGCUGUUUUCACAGAUUUCUCCCAUGACAAAGUUUCAAGAGAUGAGGCCAUCAAGAAGGUCCGUCUUGACACGGAGGAGCUGGUAAAAGAAAAGUAUCCUGAAGCUGAUCCCUAUGAGGUCAUUGAAGCCUUUAACACUGUGUCCAAGGAGACAUUCCGAAACCUGGUCAUGAACGAAUACAGGAGGUGUGACGGCCGCGACCUGACCUCUCUGAGGAGCAUCUCCUGCGAGGUGGACAUCUUCAGGCCCCUGCACGGCUCGGCUCUGUUUCAGAGGGGACAGACCCAGGUGCUGUGCACAGUAACCUUUGACUCCUUGGAAUCCAGUAUAAAAACUGACCUGAUCACUUCAGCUAUGAGUGGAGUCAAAGACAAGAACUUCAUGCUGCACUAUGAGUUUCCUCCCUAUGCCACAAACGAGAUCGGGAAGAUGGGUGGGAUGAACAGGAGAGAGCUGGGCCACGGGGCCUUAGCUGAGAAGGCUUUGAAGCCCGUGAUCCCCAAAGACUUUCCUUUCACCAUAAGGGUUACAUCUGAAGUGUUGGAGUCCAACGGAUCAUCGUCGAUGGCAUCGGCCUGCGGAGGAAGCAUGGCUUUAAUGGACGCAGGAGUGCCGGUUUCGUCUGCCGUGGCCGGCGUCGCGAUUGGCCUGAUCUCCAAGCCGAAUCCAGAGAAACCUUCCGAAAUUCAGGAUUACCGCCUGCUCACGGAUAUUCUGGGAAUAGAGGAUUACCAUGGAGAUAUGGACUUCAAAAUGGCUGGCACAAGCAAGGGCAUCACAGCUUUACAGGCCGACAUUAAAAUCCCUGGAUUGCCAUUGAAAAUUGUAAUGGAAGCCAUUCAGCAAGCAACAGUGGCCAAGCGGGAGAUACUGGGCAUCAUGAACAAGGCGAUCCCGAAGCCCAGGCCGAGCCGGAAGGAGAACGGGCCGGUGGUCGAGACGGUCCGUGUCCCAGUGUCCCGGCGCGUGAGGUUUGUCGGGCCGGGGGGAUACAACCUCAGGAGGCUCCAGGCAGAGACGGGAGUGACCAUCAGUCAGGUGGACGAGGAGACCUUCUCCGUGUUUGCGCCCACGCCGGCAGCCAUGCACGAAGCCCAGGAGCUCAUCACCGAGAUCUGCAAAGAUGACCAAGAGCAGCAGCUGGAGUUUGGCGCCAUCUACACUGCCACUAUCACCGAGAUCCGAGACGUUGGAGUCAUGGUCAAGCUGUAUCCGAACAUGACCCCUGUGCUGCUGCACAACUCCCAGCUGGACCACAAGAGGAUUAAGCACCCCAGCGCUCUGGGACUUGAGGUUGGGCAGCAAAUUCAGGUGAAGUACUUCGGGAGAGACCCCACGGACGGGCGCAUGAGGCUGUCUCGCAAAGUCCUUCAGUCUCCCAUGGCAACCGUUGUGAAGAGCUUGAGCGACAGACAGAGCAUCGCCAUGGGAACGGGCAGCGCCCAGGACUCGGACUCCUCCUGACCCCUGACUCCUGUCCGCCUGGCAGGGUGGGGCGCGAGGGGCUGGGAGCGUGGAUUUCCGGCUGCCCUGUUCUGCUGUUGUCUUCUGGCUUGCCUCUAGGCCGAGCUUGAGCCGGCUGCGUUUCUCAGUGAGAGUCCGCAGGACGGGUCAGUGCUGUCCAUGGGUCUGGCUUCAGGACUUGGGGAGCCUCUGCCCUGCGCCUCUCUUGAAAGAUGAUCACGGGGUGCACUGAAAGGUUAACAGCUUUACCCCAAUUCUCUGUUAAACCAAGUGCCAGGCAGGCGGAUUUCAUUGUAUCCCCAGAUUGAUUUAAUUGCCUCUCUUUUCUGGUACUGCCACCUUUGUUUAGGAAUCUUCCUUCAGAAACCUAAACAGUCUCAUGGAGCAGAGGCUGAAUCUGAAGUCACCCAGAGCACAACUAGAGUGAUGGUGAUGAGCCUCAUUUGAACUAAAGUGCAGCAUUUUGAUGUUUUUCUCCAAAGCUUGACAGUGCCGCAGCAUGAAUGCAGUGGCCACUAAUGCAUCUGUUACAGCUGAGCUGCAGGUUCAAGUACUGGCAUCCCCUGUUCAGCUCAGCUGAUUUAAUUCUGCUCCUCACUUGGACAAAAUUGUGCUCCACAAACUUUCCUGAAUGAAAAAUUGAUGAAUAGAUGUAUCAUAAUAAACAGUACUUAUGAAAGACAA